AUGGAGGAUUCCAAGCCGAAGCGUUCCGAGAUAGCAGAUGACCUGAAAAACAUUGAAUUCGAGACCUCGGAAGAUGUCGAGGUCCUGCCUACCUUUGAUACGAUGAAUCUCAAGGAGGAAUUGUUGCGUGGAAUAUACGCUUAUGGCUUCGAACGACCAUCUGCCAUUCAACAGCGAGCUAUCAAACAGAUUGUACUUGGCCGCGAUGUCAUUGCUCAAGCUCAGUCAGGCACAGGAAAGACGGCUACCUUGGCCAUCGCCGCUCUUCAAAUGUUGGAUACUCAAUUGCGUGAUACACAAACGCUAAUUUUGUCACCGACUCGUGAGCUGGCAUUGCAGAUCCAAAAAGUUAUUCUCGUGCUUGGCGACUAUAUGAACGUGCAAUGUCAUGCAUGCUAUGGGGGUACGAAUGUCGGUGAAGAUAUCCGGAAGCUGGACUACGGACAACAUAUCGUUUCCGGCACGCCUGGCCGUGUUUUUGAUAUGAUAAAGCGACGGAACCUUCGCACAAGAACCAUAAAGCUUCUUAUUCUCGAUGAAGCUGACGAAAUGCUGGACAAGGGCUUCAAAGAGCAGAUUUAUGACGUUUACCGUUACCUUCCUCCGGGUACUCAGGUCGUCCUUUUGUCGGCGACCAUGCCGCACGAAAUACUGGAACUAACUUCAAAGUUUAUGACCGACCCAGUGCGGAUUCUUGUCAAACGUGAUGAACUUACCCUGGAGGGUAUCAAACAAUUUUUCGUUGCUGUCGAACGCGAGGAAUGGAAGUUUGACACCCUGUGUGAUCUGUACGACACUUUAACGGUUACCCAAUCAGUCAUCUUCUGCAAUACAAAACGCAAGGUGGAGUGGCUCGCCGAGAAAAUGCGCAGCAACAACUUCACUGUUGCAUACAUGCAUGGUGACAUGGUGCAGAAGGAAAGAGAAGAGAUCAUGAAAGAUUUCCGCAGCUGUGAGAGCCGUGUCCUUAUCACAACCGAUCUUUGGGCUCGUGGAAUCGAUGUACAACACGUGUCCAUGGUUAUCAACUAUGACCUGCCCAAUAACCGCGAGUUGUACAUUCACCGCAUCGGUCGAUCUGGUCGAUUCGGACGAAAAGGUGUUGCCAUAAAUUUCGUGAAGAACGAGGACAUUCGUAUCCUUCGCGAUAUCGAACAGUACUACUCCACACAGAUCGACGAGAUGCCAAUGAAUGUGUCGGAUCUAGUGUAA